AGAGGAUCAGAGCUGAGCUGGAAGGAGCACAAAUAGACUUGCUCUCAUUCUGACAAUCCACACUUCAGGACAAUCAGCACUUUGUUUUCAGACUUGCUGCACGGAGAUGAAAGUCGUGUUGGCCCUGCUCCUCCUGCACGGGGUUGCUGCAGCGGAGGAACAAACACCCUCAGGUGACACUUUCAAAGAGCUGUCCCAGGCUGGAGAGGAGGCGGUGGGCGAGGAGGUGAGGCGAGCGUUGUACGGGGUGAAGCAGAUGAAGGAGGUGAUGUGGAGGAACGAGCAGAAGCACAAACACCUGAUGAAGUCUCUGCAACACAGCAGCGACAAGAAAAAGGGGGCGGCACAGCUGGCUCAGGAGGUGUCGGAGAAGCUGCAGGAGGCCGAGGACCACUGCAGGACCUCCUUCCAGUCCCAGUGGGAUCAGUGCAGACCCUGCUUGGAGGACGCCUGCAAGACCUUCUUCAGCAGCACAUGUCGCAGAGGCUUUGCCACUUUCCAAAGCAAAGUGGAGAACUUCUUCCACAGGGUGUCCCGACACUUCAGCUUCAGUCAAGCCCAAAUGGAAGCGGGUGACAUCCUGGUGAACCAAGAGGACCCAGAAGACCCUGACCUCGAGGUGGUCCGCAUCCAGGACUCCUUCUCCCGCCUGAGCCGUAAAGUGGGGGUGCUGGUGAACAACAGCGUGGCCUUGGCCUCCAGGAUGAGUGACAAGCUGGACCGAGCUCUACAGAAGGCUCUACUGAGCGGCUCCCUGGUCUCCACCACCACCUCCACCACCACCACCUCCACCAUCACCACCGCACACCCCGACGACACAGCCCGCGACUCAGCCUUCCUGCAGGGGGUGGGCUUGGAGGAGGUGCUGGACUCCUUCUUGGACUUUGGCCGCAGCGUGGUGGAGGAGUUUGGGGCGGUGGUGACGGGGGUGUUUGAUGACCUGCAUGGGACACAGGUGGAAGACAAAAAUAUAGAGAAAAGCAUCCCGCGCUUCCUGCGGACCCGGAAGCUGUGCCGAGACCUCCGCAAGCAGUCGUCCGAGUGCUGGCAGCUCCAGAACCGCUGUGAAAGCUGCCAGGGUGCCUUGCUCACAGAGUGUCCCGGCUUGAGGGAGCUGCACCUGGAGCUGGACCAGGUGUCCCAGCUGAUGGGCGUGUCCACCCAGCAGUACCAGGAGAUCCUGUCCAUCGUGAGGCGACACGCCGACGAGACCACCAGCUGGCUGGGCGACAUGGCGGCGGAGUUCAGCUGGCUGGGGCAGGCGGUGGCCGACGGCAGUGGGCCGCAGAACGUUUUCCGCGUCACCAGGGUGGCACCAAAGGGCCAAGACCUCAAUUUGCCAGCAGCAGAGACCCAAGUGGAGGUGAGCAUCCUCAACUCUCCCCCGUUCACUCUUUCCGUGCCGAGGGAGCUGGACCUGCAGGAGCCGGCCUUCAUCCAAUACGUGGUCCAGGAGGCUCUGGGGAAGUACAGGGAAUUGGUCAGGUAUGAGACCGAGGAGUAGACGAGGGCCGAUCCCAGAGCUCCAUAGAACUGCACAAUAAGAAGGAUUUCACAAUAAAACGGACUUCUUACCUGCUGCCAGCCGAAGUAGAACUUGAUUGGACGGAAAACCUAAAUCCAAACUGUAUUGUCAAGUAAACGGUUUAUUUUUUUUUUCUGUACAAAAAUUCUAUUAGCAAUUUGUUGUCAAUAGUUCAAGUCCUAACUUUAGGAACAAUCACAUAUUAGGUUGUCAACAUAAAACAGACAUUGAAUUAAAACCAAAAUUAAAACAAAAAAUAAAAAAGUCAACAUC